UCAGGAUCAAAAUGGCGGGCGCAGGUAAUGGCAAAAAAAUCACAUUGCGAUGCUUGAUGACGAGCCAAAACUUGUUUUUCGUUCUAUGUUGAUAAAAUUUUCAUUUUUGUUUUCUCUUUAAGGCGUUGAAGAGUACCACUGUAAUUACUGCCAAGCGGACUGCACGUCACUCCGAGUGAAAUGUGCAGAAUGCACUGAUUUUGAUUUGUGUCUUCAAGUAAGAUCAGAUUAUUUUUAUUAAGUACUUUUUGCUUAUUUUGUAUUGAUUUUAAGCCUAUUGUAACUGGUUGUGCUGGGAUCUUGUUUUAGUGUUUCGCUUGUGGUGCAGAAAUGGGUAAACACAAAAGAGGCCAUGAUUAUCAAUUGAUGGUAGGUCACGUGAUCGUAGAUAUCAUGUCGUUUUCCCAUCCAGGUUAGUUUGAUGAUUAAGACGGGAAAAGGAUUAGCAUCUUAUGAAAAAUGCCAUUUUAUUAAGUAACCUUUUUUUUUGAAGAGAUGUUUUUCCUUUAAACAUGGAUCACUGGGCAAUAACCCUCCUCGUCUAGUUCAAAUAUUGAGAGUUGAUACGUAAGGGAUGAUAGAUAAUGUCAUCGCGCGGCACAUGACGUCAUUUGUGUACAGAAAUACUUGUUGACUCCGAUUGAUGUAUAUACCCCAUAAAACAGUUCAUAUCAAGCCAUAUUGUUUGAAUUCAAUGACAUUCCGGAGUUUAUGAGAAAACAUUCCAUUUCCAUAGCUCAAACUCUAAACCCCUCCUCUAAAGCCAACAUUAACACUUACUUCUCACUUAGGGUAAAAUGUUGGCUUAGGGGAGGGGUAGAUGGGCAGUUUCCCAGUAAUAGCGUAUAAUGAUCUGAAAAGGCAAUGACAGAAAAUGGAAGAAAAUAGAUCCACUGUGUCUUGAUAUCAAAGAUAUCGAUUGAGUUCCAUAAUAAACAAAAUAAGUGUGAUAAAACUCUAAUGCUGGGUCACAAGAUGUCCACAAGGGGAGAGUUGACUGUCUUAAUAGGCUAUGUACAGUGUAUUUCUGAGUUGCCACAGCCUUUGUUUCAAAGCGAGGCUAAAUGUGAAGCCAUUGAUAUAAAAGAGUUUUUAUUUAAGGUCAUACAAGUGAAACUCAUUAUCACAAGACAGGUUUAAUUUUGCACUAAGCCUCAUUUUGACGAGGAGGGUUUUUGGAACUCAGAAGUUAAUGUCAAGUUUCAAAACUGAGAAUUUUAUACAUGUUCUUUGUUUUUUGCUCUCAAGGAUGGAGGUACAUUUCCUCUGUUCCAUGAAGAAUGGUCGGCUGAAGAAGAGGUUUUACUUUUAGAUGCUAUAGAGCAACAUGGGUUUGGAAACUGGUUUGUUGAACCUUUGUUUUAAACCCUCAGAGUGAUUAACCAUCAUCUAAUUUCUCCCUAAAAUAUAACUGUUUGAUCAAAAAUAUUGUUUUGAGAAUAAACAAGGCUGUCACUGAGGGUUGGGGUCCAGGGAUUUUCCCUGGCUACUAUUAGCGUAAUCUUUGGCUAUUUUGAUUAUUUAUGAUUUAGGGCUACGAGACAAAGGAAAUUUAUAAUUAUUUAAAAAAAUUUAACCUGUAACAUAUGUGUGGUUCUGGCCGUUGAAAAGUUGAAAAUUUUUCUCAUUGUUAAAUGUUAUAUAUGUAUAUGAAGAGCUUUAAUAAAAUGUGUAGUUUGUGCAUCUGAAGAAUAGACCUUUUGCAUUAGUUGAUCACAUAAUCAAUUUUUGGUAAACAUGAAAACAGUUCUCUUUUGCAAUUGCUACUUUUGAGAUAUACAGCUGAAAAUUUACAGGUUACCUAAUUUUAAUAUGCUCUUUCAGCUCAUGCAGCCCUAACAACAUGUUUCAAAAGUGAACUGUUUUAGUGUUUACCUCAAGUUGAUCAUGUGAUCAACUGAUGCAAAAGGCCUAUUCAAGCUUGAAUAGUAAGUGGACGCGAGAGAUUUUUGUGCUUUCAUCAGUUUUUAUGGCCUGCUAAUAAAAUUAGGUUGUGCAAUUCCUGUAUUAAGGGGAUGAAAAUCUCUUACUCUACAUUUUAUACUUUUAUUACAAGUAGAACAUAAUUUGUCUGUCAUUUCAGGGAUGAUGUUGCCGAUCAUAUUGGAACCAAAACAGGAAAAGGUAAAAAGAUUCUUGAAUCCUGUCUGAAUUCUCAUGAUUUUGGUUGAAAAUCCUGAAUCUUGACUAAUAUGUGAUUGGGAUUGGAAACAUCCUGAUUUUGACAUCUGUUCUGAUAUUUUCAAUUGAAUCCAUAUGAUACUUAUAUUAUACAAGGACAUUGAACAGAGUAUUUAUUUAACUGAAACAGAUAUCCAGAAAACUUUAAAAAUCAGCGCAAAAUAUUCAAUAAAAUCAAGUACUUGUAUGCAAAGCCAUGCAAAGAGAAGCAAAGAGAAUGUAGCUGUCUGCCAGGUUAUUAAAUACUGUAAACUGAAGGUGCACGGAUGUGGUGAUAAUUCAAUUAAAUAAACCAUUACCUGUCCUGAGCACCUUUUGUCUUGUAAAAUAUUUUGAAUUUAUUCAGGUUUACUUUGUUCAAGUAAAACAGUCCUGUGUCUUAUAAAAACAUACAUUGGUGCACUGACAUUGCUCAUGAGGACACUGAAUUUCUCUAACAGCAUUCUCAUUUUUUUAAAAUACAUUUAAGCAUCAACUAAAGAAAUUUGUGUUUGUCUUUCAACAGAAACAAGUGAACAUUACAAUGAUAACUUCAUCUCAGGAGUUGUAGGUCAAGGUAAGUGUUAUUUCAUAAAGACAGGAAAAGACAACACUGCAAAAAAAAAAAAAGAACUUUUCUUGUUUAUGCAAGCAUCUUGAUCCACGGCUUACUCUUUUAAGUUGGCAAAUAUGGGAUAUGACAUAUGACUUGAUCUGGCACAAACCAUAAUAAAUGAAAAAUUAUUGUUGUUAUUUAAUUCUUUUGCCGCACUGAAAGAGUUAAUUUCUUUUGUGAAGCCUAAUUUUAAGCUAGUCUGUAUAACAACAUAAAGUUUAGAAAAAAUCGUGAAUGUCAAGUGUUCUGUUUUUUGCCUAAUCUUGACCUCAUUAAUUUGUUGUUUGUCUUACCGUUUAGCAACUGUUGAACCAUUUAAGAACAAGAUAGUGGAUCAUACCUCUGCUGACCAAGGUAAGAUCCACAUCUCCUGGGGCUGUUGUUACUAUUUCUGUGAAUUUUAUAUUUUUAUUUUUUGUACUAUCAUGAUAAGCUAGUUCAGGUCCUUUGUUACAAAUUCACAGACCAUUUCUCUGAAAAUUUGUCACCAAAUCUAGAAUUUAUCAGAAACCUAUCUGUGGUUGCAAUGAACAUCCAAUUCCAUCUUUUUGUUUAAAAUUGGCACAUUUUCCCAGAAGUUGAUAACCUUCACCUAGGAAAAUUAUCUGUUAUUGAAUGCCAUCUUAGAUUACUGUCUAGAUUAUCUAAGGGACCAUAUUAUGGUUGCCUAGAGGGUCCUGUUACAGUUUCACUAGGUCUAGCGUUCCCCCCAAGAUUACACACCAUUGGUCGUUGCUGCAGCUGCAUUUCUGCUUAUACAAUAAGCAGUGAAUUUUUUACGAUAACUUCUCUUAUGCGGUCAGAUUUUUAUUGAAAAAAUCAUUAAAAGGACAAAAUUGCUUUGAAGACAUUUACCGGUACAUCAAAUUCAAGAAAACUGAGCUGGUAGGAAUUUCAAUACUAACUUCCACGUGAAUUCACUGCUCAUUACAUAGGUACCUGCCGGAAUGCAGAGAUGAAUCUGAAAUGUAAAAUUACCAGUGGAUUUAUUGAUGGAAUUCAUUUAUGGAAUCUUGUAGGGUAUGCUCGACCUGGCUUGACUGUAAAGUUUGUUUUGGGAAAUUGGUGUGCGACUGGCUAGGAUUAUUGCAAUGAAAUUUAAAAACUUAAAAUUCUGGAGGGUUCAGCUCGUAAAAAAAAAAUUAAUGAGUGAUAAACAUUUUCUAUUUAUUAUAAAUGUACAACAACUGGGUAUUCAACUUUUUGGAAUUGGUCAGCUGUUUGAAAUAAUUACCGAUAAGCAGCAUACGGCUCUGGUAAAUAAAGGUUCCCUGAAAAGGUAAAUAAAGUUAAGUCAUGAUUGUGUUCUGUAGAAGUACUAUCACCAACGUUGUUGCACCCUCCUGAACCUGUUGAGAUGAGUGUUACAGAGCAGCAAGAGCUAGGAUAUAUGCCAUUAAGGGAUGACUUUGAAAAGGUAAUCAAAUACAAAUCAACUUAAUUACAUAUGGUGACUUAGUCAUUACUCACUGACCUUAACAUAAAUAGCGAAAUAUUAAAUUUUAGUAAUUAUUUAGUUCCAAUGAAUUAACUUUAACCUCCUGUGACCAACUAAGUUCCCAAAAUUUAGCAAUUACUUAGUAAGUGGUCUCUUAUGAGAGGUUCUUUGACUAUUAAAUCUGGUCACUUAUGGGACUAGAAAGCUAUGAAUUGGGUUUAUGUUUCUAAAGAAACUGUGUGAGUUGCAUUGGUGAGGAAGUGAAAUAUAAAGAUUUGGUUAAAUUAUCAUAAAACUUACUAUGACUCUGAAGAUAAAUACUGCACAGGUUUGUUUUCAAAAUGGAAGUCACCGUCAACAAAAGUCCUAUUCAGGAUUACACCCACCCAGAAAUCAUGCUCCACCUACAUAUGAAAUAACUUGAAGAAAAAGUUGACAUGAUGAGGGGCUAGUGCUUGGAAUGUUAGCUUCUCUAUUCACUUAUGAGUGACGGUCGCACAUAAAUGUUGCACUGUACUGUACUACUGCUACUUUGCCUUGUUGAUGUGGACAUUUGGGGCUGACCCAUAUGUCUACAUUUCUAAAGUAAAAAAAAUAGAUGUGUUAUUUUUAAUAUUGUUAAUUUAUUUAUGUAUUUCGAAAGGUGGUAGAUAUCCUAAUCGUGAAAUAAUCCAGGAUGUGUUUUUUGUAGGAAUACGACAAUGAUGCUGAAACUCUUGUCAGUGGGUUGCAGUUUAGUUAUGAUGAUGAGGAUGUGGAAACAGGUUAGGAGUUAUAGAUUUUGUUCUCAUAUUAAUGAAGUUUCAGGAUUUAUCUUUUUAACUAAGCUUACAUUUACUGUACUUAACAUCCCAUCACUAUUUUGUUUUAUAGACUUGAAACUAGGAAUUAUAGACAUGUACUUGCGAAGACUUAAAGAAAGACAGCAUAGGAAAAAGUAAGUUUCUAUGUGAUGGAAUUUUUAGCAUUUUACUCAAUUUCAUGCUUGGAAUGCUUAGCCUAACAAGACAGCCAACAUUUUGUGAUGCCGGCGCUGGUUUCCUGGCCAAAUGACGUCUGAGAAACGGGCGCAGAAAUUCAAUACUGAUGAUGUAUCAUUACCCAGAUCUGGCUGGUGCCUCUGAUUGGUUGUGCCGUUAGGGAAAUUUGCUUAAGCCAAUCGGAAGCACUACCCAGAUCUUGGUAGUGGCGAGUCAUCGGUGUGGAAUUUCUGCACUCAUUUCUCAGAUGUCAUUUCGCGGGGAAACCAGUGGUGGCAUCUUGAAAUGUUGGCUGUUUUCUUAGGCUAGGAAUAACGAGGAUUGCAUUUUUUGAACCUCUUGAUUUAACUGUCUUCUGGGUGGGAGGGGCAGGGUGGGGGUGGUUUUACACCCCAAGACCGCCUUAAAGGAGUACAGCCCCAAUUUGAAGAUCACAGUCACCUUUUAUACCUUACACAGCCGCCUACUGCAAUCUCAUUGAAUCUCCAGAAGUUGCUGAACAAUCGGUACUCUCUAUUUCGGUAACUACAAAGAAUAUUGUGGGAUAACUGAGGUAUACUUUGUGUUCUUUUUAUAGCAUUGCAAGACAGCAUGGACUUAUUGCCAGUAAACAUCGGAUAAUAGGUCAGUUUCUAUUCUUGUGUCAUUAUUAUUGCUUUUGGAAAUUUAAGAAAUAAAAUAUUUACUGAUUUUUAUUUGUUUCUAAGUAUAAAAUUGUUAUUAACUUGUUCCUAUGCAGCACUUCGCAGAAAAUACAGCAAGGAAGACAGGUUAGUUACUAUUUCACAAGUUAGACUUGAAUUUAGUUUGUACAGCAACUCAUAAGGAGCUGGAACGUGUAACUCGCCCUCAAUGCUCGUUAAUAUUCAUUUUUCUAAGUACCAUAUUUGGAAACCUUCGGUGCAGCCUCAAAAAGCAAUAGGUUUAACAACAACUUUGCAUGUACAUCACACUUUCUUCACACUUCUUUGCCGUCACGACAAGGACUACGACGUCGAAGUGCCCAAUUUCACGUUUUGUGGAGGGCGAAAACACAAGACAACGACUUUCUUUUUCUUUUCCAGGACUUCGAUACACUCCAGAAAAAUUUGCUAACGUUUGACGAACUGAACGACAUGGAAUAAGCGCGAUAAAGUUUGAAGCAGCGCGACUUCACUUUUUAAGUGACGUUUUCAUAGCCGUUGCCGUCGGUGUUGCUAACUUGUUUUAGAAAAUCAGAAAAAGGAGUGUGAAUCAAUUUCAGUUUCCUAAGCAUUUGCAUGAACGGCAAAAUCAGUAUAGUGUCCCUCGAGACCCUCAUGUCACAAUAUCCAACACCAUCCUUUUUUUUUUAGAGGCUAACCGUGUUAUGUUGUUUACAGAGAGUUUCGGGAUGCUGCUAGAGUGUUUGCAAGAUUGAAAAGUCAUGGCGAUUGGGAGGAAUUCUUAAAUGGCCAUUUAAGUAAGUUACCGAAAAAUUCCGAAAAUAAGCCCCUCCCUGUAUAAGCCCCUCCAAAUAUAAGCUCCCCAAACCGGUAAUGCAAAAAACCCUCCGUUGAAUCGCCCCUCCAAAUAUAAGCCCCCGGGGGCUUGUACUUGGAAAAUUGGCCUCAAAUACAAAGUACAACAAAGCAAAAACGGUAAAUUUACUUCCAACUAUAAGGCUAGCCGAAUCGAUUUUGAAACGUAAAUUUCCCUCCGUAGAUAAGCCCCUCCGAAUAUAAGCCCCUCCAAAAAUAAGCCCCUCAAAAAGGGCCUUGGAAAAAUAUAAGCCCCGGAGCCUGUUUUCGGAAUAUUACGGUAUCUGGUUUAUUGAGACAUUUGAGACAUUUUCAUUGAGAGAAUUUUUAUGUCACGGGAGAAAUGACUGGCAAAUGUUAAGAAACAAAUUAAGGUAUUCCGUAAAUUUUACACACCUUUAUUAAAGGACAAGGGCGACUAUACGAGGACGAGAUUAGGGUUUAAAAGUUGUUUUCGCAUAUUCGCAGAAAAUACUGAGACACCCCAGAAACCUUCACUUUAUCUUUUCUUCACUAGAAAAGUUUGCACGGUUUUUUUUAAUUGAAGGUGGUUGAGCCCUCUACUAAUCGCAAAAUGAUAAAACUUCUAAACAUUAGGUAACUUGUUUCCGCCUCUACGACAUUCUCGUUAAAGCCCGUAGUAGAAUGACUACGGCCUUCGCGUUUUCCCUCCAAAAUGACGCUGGCUCACGCCGCGCACUACUUCGUAUUAAAACUGAUCUCUUCCGAGUAGUCGUCCUCGUCUUGGAACCUAAAAGACUCCACUGUUGAAGAAAGAAAAGAUUCCAGCCUAAAAUACCGUUCUGUCGGACCGUAAGAGGGUUCUCGCAGUUCUGAGUAUUGGUCUGCAGAGGAAGGGAUCGCGGGUUCCGUUCUCUUGGCGAGACCAACACUCCAGGCCAAGUUGCUCGAAGCGUAGGUAAGCGGUAAUCCUGGGUUAAGUAUAAGUUGCCAUGGUAACUAACCCUAGAUUUGCACUAUUUGUCUUUUGAAAAACUUGGUCCAGGGUCUUAAAAUAGUUGCGCUGGGAAGAAGUUACUGCCUUUGCCCUGCAAAUGGCUAAACCUUUGUGAGCGUUAGAGGGCCACGAGUUUAUCAGUUUUUUCAUAACUGUGACGUGUUUACCCUCUUUAAAUAAAGGCGUUGGUGGUCCCCUCUCCAGCAGGGAGCACAAAAAGUAUUUUUCGUCAGUUGUUGUACCUUGUGCGAGAUGCAUUGAAAAUGUCGUUCAUUUAUUCGCAGGAGAAAAAGAGCUGAGAACAAGAAUAAAGGACCUGAUUAGAUACAGAAAAAAUGGGAUUACAAAACUUUCAGGUAUUUAUAGACUACUACAACGCAUCUUAGCGAAUUUGAAAGUGGUAUCAUAUUUUUUCAAUACUAAGCUGUGGCAUUGAGCAAAGUAUUCGACUUUAUACACUGGUCGCUGUGUUUUAUGCAAUAUUUGCUGCGACGUGGGCGCUGUAAAUUCUACUCAGCUGUGGUCUGUAUACUUAAAAAUUAUUUCUCGAGCCUGAAUAGGCUCUGAGUCAAUGGGCUAUUGACUCAGAGGCCAUGAGGGCGAGAGGAAUAAUGGUUUUAGUAAAAUCCAACUAGUUGGUCAAAAAAUUAAUAUCGAGAAUAAAAAAACUUUUAGCUAGUUAAAGCUAGACUUUAAUCCUUUUUUGCCGCCAAAAAGCCCGCGCUUUUCGCUACUAGUGGGCUGUAACAUAUAGCCUGGUAGUAGCUCAACCAAUGAGAACGUAGCAUUGAUAAUAGACCACUGGUUGGAUUUUACUAAAUCCCGUUAGCCUGUUGAAAGCGAACCAGAAUUAGGCUAGCAUAGCGUCUUACUUAUAAUUGUGGAUCACCGUUAACGAAGGGAGACAAGUUGCGGCCAUGAGACAGGAAGCUGUGAAGUUAUCCAGGCGGAAUGAACGCUGAGCUGUCUUGCAGUACAGUUGACAAACUUGCUAAACGUGCUUUUUUUUGCGUUUUAGAGUGUCAAGAAUAUGAUGAACAGAGGCUACGACGAGAAAGACGGAAGGAAAAUAAAAGAAAAAUGGUGGUAGGUAUUUUAACUCUCUCAUAGUCGCUACUGAUCAUUUUUCAGAGAUGACUAUUUACUGUGUAACCGGGCUUUGUUUGUUUCCAUUUUUCAGGGUGGUACACAGCCAAGGAGAACAAAUGUUUCAAUGGGAAAGAAGAACGAGUGAGUAUCUUUUGCUUAAUUUUUUGACAAAGCCGUUUAGUUUCAGUUACAUAAAUGAUCGCCAGGAAAAGGGCCGAUUUUUGAUACGAGUUGACGAGGCGUCUAUACUAAAGAUUGGUUUGAUUUGUAACGCACUAUAACCCUUGGGUUGGCUCCGAGCGGGGUAUAAGACACCCAUUUUAACGUUGUGCGUGAGUCUGUAAGACUGUCUCUAAUUACACUAUGCUAUCGUUUUCAAGGACGCUAUCACUCCGUCUACCGGCCAUAACAAGGUUACGCGGGAAAACUGGGAAAAGUUGCUGCCCCAGUCUCACAGCGUAACUCUACACAACAGUGAACACCGACCGGGCCUCACACGCAGUCGCACAAUGAACGGUUAAUAGGGCGAGGAGGAAAAUAAUCAGGGACCAAAUGUCGUUGAUUUUUUUGCACUCUCUUUUCAAGCAAAAAAGUAUGCAAGUAGCGUAAAACACAACCUUAAACUAUGCCAUAGACACUGAUACAUCUUAGUUCGAUGUUUUCUCAUUGUAACUUUUAUCUAAUCAUCGUAUAUUAAUUUUUAUGCAUUAGUCUAGAUAUUACAUUUUAAAGUUUAGAAAAGAUCGGAUUUAGUAUUGAUUUUGUAUCCGAUGAUGCACUUUGUUUUCUUUUUUAAGUUUUCAACGUGAAAGCCAUUUUUCAUUAACGCUUAACUUUCAUUUUUCUGCAGACCUGUUUCAGAGGAUAAAGAAGAAAAAGGUAUGGCGCACGUCUUAAAGCCCGCACCGAGUUUUACUUCAUUCUAGUAGUUUCGCUUCGCCAGACUUAGCAGUAACAUGGCAUUAACUUGCGCCCGUAAUCACUGUGGGCCGUUAGCAGCCGCUUCCCCGCACAACCUCAGUAAAGUCAGUUGCCAAAUGACCGUAGUGUACUUCCCCUACUUAAGUAAGGAUAAUGUGAGUUAUUUUACUUCGCCCAUGGACUCGAAAGGAAGGGCAGAGCCUCGUUCCCAAGGUGAGGACUGGAAGAAGAGAGAUCCUGGGAACGAGGUUGGCCAACUGCGUAAACGUCACUACCUCAUAACGCGAUUAUUGCAACUGACACUAGGUGUUUAUUACAGACAGCAUGAUCCAAACCAGUUUAUUCAAGAACCUGGUUUUCCGGUCCAUACUGGUCGGGAAACGGAAGCUCCUCUAAUUGGGUUAACCAGGCGGCAGUUUGUUUUGGCAAUUUUUGAGUUUUGCACUUUAGGUUUUAUCCUUUGUUAAGGUAAAACGGCAAAAACACCACCCCUUUUCGUAGUACGUGGGCACUUCUAUACCCAUGCGUUUUAACCAAACAGGCACACACUGAGCUACUUUGGUCGCGCAUACACUAUAUUAGUGACCUUUUGAUUCGGGGACGAGAACGACUACGAGUAUGAGAUUUGAUUGAACAGUUUUUGGCAUAUUCUCAAAAAAUAGACACUUCGGAAAGCUUCAUUGUGCUUUUGAUUCACCAGAAACGUUAGCACUGUUAUCGCUAAAACUCGUGGUGGAAUGACGACGGCUAUCACGUUUUCCCGCCAAAAUGACGUUGGUACACGCACGAGCACUACUUAACAUUGAGAACUAGUAGUAUUUCUCCUCUUAGCAUCUACAGGUGUCUAUUACUGUAAUAAAAGCUACUGAUGCUAUUAAUCCCACCCUACCGGCUCUGUUUAUGCCUCUUGUGCUUCGUAAAAUACCGACUAACUAAGCAGGCACUAUAACAUCUUUGCAGACUGUUCGCUGUCCUCACCGACGUUUGCAGACCAAAUAAAAAAUUGUGCCACCUACAAGCUACUAUCACCGGUCGAGAGACAGGUCAGUUUACUCUAAAAACUUUAAACAGCCGUUAGACCAUUCUGUUGUUGUUGUUGUUGUUUUUGUCAAACGCGAUGUUUUCCGACUAUCUACUUUCAUUUGCUCAAACGACGGGAGUUGUAAACGGUUGCAGUAGAUAUUACUCUCAUUACUUCACCAGUACUUUACGUUAAGUUGUAACCAGCGUGUAGGCGUCUCCUAAUUACCUUGUUACAUGCGGAAGUGGUUAUUGUUUCAUAAUUUUGAAUACCCCGGAAACGAGGCCGGAACACGAUUAGCCAAUGCGUUACGCAAACGUCCCUUUUCCGCGUGCAAAAAAGGAAAUAGGAGACGUCUGCUCGCAGGCUAGUUGAGUUCAGAAGAUGAAAUGUGCGUCGAUUAUCAUUAGAUUUUCAUUGCUUUUGCUGUAAUUCAGAGUUUCGACCUAAAUCUACGCAAACCUUUCCCUUGUGCACAGGACGAAAAAAUCUUUUUCAGGGCUGGAAACGUUUGGUCUACUUCCAUUGAUGAUUUCGAAUGGGUCAAGUUUGAACUUUUCUUUGUUUGCUCAACAGCUGUGCUCGUCACUGCAGAUGAAGCCCGGAUUUUACCUCACAAUAAAAACCAUCAUACUUAAGGUAGGUUAAAAAUUGUUAUGUUAGGAAUUUCUCGCUGUAUGCAUUUAUUGUCCUGCCUUGUUUACACACAUGAUUCAAUAGCGGAACAACCUCCUUCCAGUUAUUAAAGGGGGCGCGGUGUAACAACUGGACGUGAUUGCCAAGUGUUUGAACCGUUUUAAAAAAUUUCAGUGUCGAAAGAGCUUCUUUCUCGUAUUAUCUAUAAGUUUGUCUUUGCAAAAAGUAUAGCUCUCACGGUAGCGAGAAUAAAUUGCGUUUUCAUUCCGCAAUACACUGUUUGUGCCCCCCCUCCCCCCAAAGUUGCUUAUGAUAGUUAUUGUUUAAAUUGCUCUUUAGAAUAUGUUCUCCUCCCAGGAGCAAUUGAAAACCAUAGCGGCGGAGCAGGGAGGGGUCGGAGGGGGAACGAACAGAUUGUAUUAUAGGGUAUUCAGGGUUAGAGGACGCGCGUCUAGUUUCCGAUAAGAGUCUGUGAGUUUUGAACUAUUUAGAGCAUUGUCUUUUACUCUUUUAAGAUUGAUGCCUUUUACCGACAGUGAUCCUCCAAUUGUAUUGCAAAGUACUUCACUGCAACUUGUGGCCACAUUUGAGCGGCACAAUGCUUUUACUUUCUUGCAGGACAAUCUGUUACGACGGCAAGGCGUACAGGUUAAAACUCGAUACCCACCAAAUCUCGACAAGACACACAGAAAGCACAUUAUGAACUUCCUCAAAGAGAGCGGUUGGAUGGCCACGUGAUGACGCUUUUUUUUUCUUUCGGUUGUGUCGCGGUUGCGUACUCCAUGUUAGGUGAACUGAUGUGUAAAGUGUAAUAUAGAAAAAGGAGGAACGACCUCUUCGGUAAAUAACUAUAGACUAUUUAUAAAGAAAGCAAAAAUAACUUUCAAUGACAUCUUUUUAGGUAUCUAGUUGUAAAUAAUUCCAAGAGCUGUUCAUUUACCAUACAUUUUAUUUUAAAGGUGGCUACAAAAUCAAAUUAAUUAUAUCUAUAUGUAAUCAAAUCGUAAUGAGUGAAAUUAGGGAGUAAUUUCGCGCGCGUUUUGUCCAAAUCAGGCGAAGGAAAUUAUUAGGAUUUGGACAAAACGCAAGUGAGAUUAUUUCCUAACUUUACGAGUAUAACAUUUGAUUACGUAUUUAAAAUAUCAUGGGUGACAAAUUAAGUUUGCAAUUGUGGAUUUCUGAGAUGUUUAUCCUGGAUCGUAUCGAUCGAGAACUCCACUCUCUCAAAAGUUUAGAACUGACUUGGCUUAGGUUCAGAAUUUUUCGACAAAAUACCCGUUAGAAUCCUUCUUGAUGUGCUUUUUCGUGUGUUUAGGUUUUCUAAAGCGUCUUUUAAUGCCCUAACAUCUUCUUUCAUAACAUUUUAAAUUUUCGUCGCCAUCUUGACACUGAGACGUACGAAAGUUUGCCACAGCAAUUUUAUAAUUUCAAAUUAGUAUAGGUAAUACUAUGAUUUGUAGUGAUAUUUGGCAUAAAUACCAUGAGUGAUAUUUCAAAAUUGUUAUACGUAAUUUUCCAAGCCGUUAGGCGAGUGAAAUUUGCGACAAUUUUGAAAUAUCACGAGUGGUAUUUAUGCCCAAUAUUACGUACAAAUCAUGCUAUUAUUUGUUUAUACUACUACCCACAAAAGGUUUGAAAUUUUCACAUGUAGGUAUUUCAAAUUAAGCUGAAAUACCACUGCUCUAAGCCAAUCAAAUUUCAGAAAUUUUUCAUGUAGUAGUACGCUGAAAUUUCGCGCCAAAAUUAAGGAGUAAUUCGUCACCUAUGAUAUUACUUCAAUUAUUUCAUCACGUGUUUGAUGCUGUAUAGCAGGUAAAUUUUAAAUUAUGAAGUAAGUCCCCUUUUUUAACUCUGACGCUUUGCUGCCCUGUUUGUACCAUGUGGGUACGAUGGACAUAGGAAACUAAUAGAAAUAAUAAACUCGUGGAAAGAAAUGAACACCUCCUUUGACUGGUGUUUUGUUUUGCCUUUUUCUCCUUUUAAAUGGGC